AAAAAAUAGACUCUUGGUGGAUAUUAAAAUCUUUUUUUUUUUUGCUAGUGUAUUAUUUCAUGCCACUUUACAAUUUGAGCAUCAAAUGUGGGAUGAAGUAAUAAUAUGUGAAUAUGCAGACAUCAUCAUUUUAUUUCAGGCAAAAUAACAUUUUAUUAUUUAAAAGGUACCAAUGAUCUGGUGUGCAUGCUACCUUUUGUUUGUUUUGUUGGACGAAUUUAGAUACAGAGGAAGAUGGGUGGCAGUGUCGAUUGCAUGCUACUGCUUAUUUGCUACUCUUGUUACUAGUCGCAACAAAGGUUCUACCCAAUUUUACAUGUUUCAAACCUCGCAAGUAUAAUUUUUUUUUUUUAGGCUCAUAAGAGAGAGAGAGACUAAACCAUGUAUAGGUUCGGUCUUGUUAUGUGGAGUGAUUUAUAUUUUGUGUACAAAUUAUACAAGAACGUGUCGAAUGAAAAGGUUCUGCUGUUAUUCCAUCAGGGAACAAAGUUUUUGAUUUUGGCUAUUAUGGUUUGGUUAUUUGAUUCUAAUUUAUGUAGUGUUUUUAAAUAUGUACCUAACCCUCAAUUACAUGCAUGGUGGCAUGUAUUGGUGAGUUCCAAGAUGUCCUGUUUGUUUUAUUCUGUAUUAUUCUAUACUAAAAUCAUUUUCUUCUCCCCUUUUUAUUACUGCCCUUUUUUUAAUCGUAGAUGUGCACUAGUCUACAUUAUUUCUUUGUCGCUUGUGGUCAUGAGUCCGUCAUACGUCGUGGUGAACAAGCUGAAAUUAAAUAUUUCCUGAACCUUGUUCCAUACGUUCAAAACUGUAAAUCUGAUUAACCGUUGGAAAAUCGCAUUACCCCCUUACACAUUUUAGGUGUGCGAGGAGAAACUUUAAUCAAUUCUAUAUUUGGACAAAUGCAUGUUUUGCAUAAUUUUUUUUUUUUUUUUUUUUUU